AUGCUAAGGUGGAAAGACAAGAGACUUGGACGACAUUUGUUGUCGGUCCCACACCAAAGAAAGUUAAAAUAUUAG